AUGGCUGAGGAACAAAAUUCCAUAGUACCCCAAAAUGACAAAUAUAAACAGCCCAUUGAGGAUGGCUUUGCAGAAUAUGAAGUUUCCAAAAAGCGAGCAAAGACUACUUCAGUUGUUUGGGAACAUUUUGAGCUAAUCGCAAAAGAAACAAAUGGAGAUGAAGCCAAAGCGAAAUGUAAGCACUGUAAGUCUAUUUUGGGUGCUGCUGCAAAAAAUGGAACAUCACAUUUAAGGCGUCAUUUAACUAAAUGCACAAAACUUGGAAAUGCAGAUAUUAAACAAUUUCUUAUAGCUAGUAAAGUUUUAAGUGACGGGAGUAAUUCUAUAAAGAAUUAUAAGUUUGAUCAUGAUGGAUUGCGCCAUUGCAUUAGCAUGUUUGUUGUUGAAGGUUCUCAUCCUUUUACUAUUGUAGAAGAAAAGGGUUUUAGGCGCAUGUUGUGUAAGGCGUGUCCUCAAUUUAGAGUAUAUAGUAGGCAUACUCUAAAAAGAGACAUUCUUUCUUUGUAUGUGAAAGAAAGGGAUAAACUUAGAGAAAUGAUUUUCAAUGCUCCUGGUAAAAUUUGUUUGACAACUGAUAAUUGGAAGAGUCAACAUAUAAAACUUGAGUAUAUUUGCAUUACUACUCAUUUUAUUAAUGAUAAGUGGAAACUACAAAAGAGAAUUUUGAGAUUUAGAGCAUUAGUUCCACCUUAUGACGGCUUGUGCAUAGCUGAUGAGAUUGACUUUUUUUUAUCUCAAUGGAAUUUGAAGCAUAAAAUAUUCUCAAUCACUGCUGAUAAUUCUUCUUACAAUGAUACUAUGAUUUCUAUCCUUAAUGGUCGUCUCGCAACAAAAGAGUUUCUCGUAUGUAAUGGAGAGUUUUUUCAAAUCCAUUGUUGUGCUCAUAUUUUAAACUUAAUCGUACAAUCAAGUUUGGAUAGUAUCAGUGAUAUCAUUAAUAAGAUCAGAGAAAUUAUGAAGUAUACUGAUAAAUCACAGGUACGUAGAAAAAAGUUUUUUGAUGUUGCAAAGAAAAGUUUUCACUUAGAUGUUAGGAGAAGAUUUAGGUUUGAUUGUCCUACGAGAUGGAAUUCGACUUAUACAAUGCUUGAUAAUGCUCUUUACUACAAGAAUGUGUUUGAUUAUUUUGGGAGUAGAAGUCAUGUACUUAGAUCUUAUGAAAUCUCAGAAAUUGAAUGGAAACAUAUUUCUAUGAUUCAUAAAUUUUUGAAGGUGUUUUAUGGAGUGACAAUUAUGUUUUCGGCUCAUAACACUCCUACUUCAAAUUUAUUUUUUAGAGGAGUGUGGAAAAUCCAUUCAAAGUUAUUAGAAGUUGCAAAUGAGCCAUCUCACCUUCUAUGCAAUACUGCUAAGGCUAUGCAACCUAAAUUUGACAAAUAUUGGGCUAAUUACAAUGGAAUUUUGAGUUGUGUUGCACUUUUAGAUCCUAGAUGCAAAAUAAAUUUCUUGAAGUAUUGUUAUGGAAAAAUAUAUGGGAAAGACAAAAUGGAUGAGAUGGUAGAGAAAGUUGUGACUACCCUUCAUAAGUUGUUUGACGAGUAUAGAUAA